CGUUCCUUCACUGUCCUCCCCUCUCAUAAGGUUGAAGGAGAGAUAGUGCAGAGUCACUUCGCACGCGAUUACCCCUAGGAAGUUUUAGAUAACGAAGCCUCUCUUCGCUGCUGAAGUUACCAAUCAAAUGGCUAGCCACCCACGAACCCGUAAUGACUACACUGUGGGAUGGAUUUGCGCGUUACCAAAGGAGCAGACUGCUGCUAUCGCUAUGCUAGACCAGAGGCAUUCUGACCUGCCUAGGCUACCAAAUGACCACAAUACAUACGCUUUGGGGUCGAUCAACAACCACAACAUUGUGAUAACUUGUCUUCCUACUGGCAAGAUUGGUACGGUCUCCGCAGCAACUGUGGCUACUCAAAUGGUCAACGCUUUCCCAUCUAUCAAAUUUGGCUUAAUGGUCGGUAUCGGUGGUGGUAUUCGCCUCCAAGUGAGACUAGGUGAUAUUGUGGUUGGAACCCCGAUCGGCCCAUAUCCAGGAGUGGUACAAUGGGACAUGGGCAAGGAAGGGGAAAAUAACUUUACACGAACCGGGUCAUUGAACAACCCUCCGAGCUUACUUCUGGGCGCGGUUUCACGACUGAGGACGGAACAUGAAUUAGGAGACUCAAAGAUGUCAGCCUACGUGAACGAAAUGGUAUCGAACUAUCCUCUUCUGGCAUCGAAGUACCUGAGAUCUGAGUCGCUUGAGGACGUGCGGUUCAAAGCGAAGUACAUACAUAGAAGCAAUAACAUAGAACACCCUACCCCAAGCGACACCGACGCAUAUUCGGCAGAGGAGGAGGAGGAGGAAGAGGGAGAAGAAACCUGUCAAUACUGUGACAAGACCCAGGUUGUAGAGAGGAAGCCUCGAGAUAUGCGUGUGCAUUAUGGUUUGAUUGCAUCCGGCAAUAGUGUUGUCAAGAGCGCUACCUUUCGGGAUAAGCUUCAAAAAGACUUGGGAGGAGAUGUACUCUGUGUUGAAAUGGAGGCAGCUGGGUUAAUGGAUAAUUUCCCUUGUUUAGUCAUACGAGGGAUCUGUGACUACGCAGACUCCCACAAGAACAAGGCCUGGCAGGAGCACGCAGCUGCCUUAGCUGCCGCGUAUGCCAAGGAGCUCCUGGGGCAAAUUCAGCCCAGUGAAAUCGAAAGAGAAAGGACAGCCAAGGAGACUCUGGAGGAGAAACUAGCUGGCAUUUCUGAGGCCGUGUCUGCCGUUAAAGAAAACGUUACAUCCACAAAAAAUUAUUUAGAUAAGAAAGAGGACAUCGAUAUCCUCAACUGGGUUAUACCGACUGAUCAUGGCCCACAACAAUCCGACUACCUGAGAAGGCGGCAGCCAGGGACAGGGCAAUGGCUGCUUGACUCUGAGCACUUUCAGAACUGGAUAAAUGAGCCGCAAAAAACCUUUUUUUGUCCAGGCAUCCCUGGAGCAGGAAAAACAGUUCUAACGUCAAUUGUUAUAGAAGAUCUUGAGAAAAGGUUCCAUAACGAGACUACUACUGCAGUGGCUUAUGUGUAUUGCGACUACAAGUUCCAAAGCGAUCAAACCCCUGAGAACUUGUUAUCUAGUCUGUUAAAGCAGGUUGUCCAGUCCCAACCUUCCUUACCACGCAAUCUCAAAGACCUUCAUGAUCGACACCAAGGGAAACGAACCAGGCCGUCCUUGGCUGAGAUCUACGAAGUUCUUGAAACAGUCGCUCUUCAGAAAUCCAGGCUCUUCAUUAUUAUAGAUGCGCUUGAUGAAUGUCAAGUGAUCGGUAGCUGCCGUACCAAGUUUUUGUCUGCAAUCUUUGACCUUCAGAAGAGCACCGGCGCAAACGUUUUCGCAACUUCCAGAAUCAUAGAAGAAAUCAUAGACCAAUUUCGAGGGAGUAUAUCAAUCGAGAUUCGUGCGAGAGAGGACGAUAUCCGCAGAUAUCUGCAUGGUCGCAUAUCAGAACUCCCAAGCUUCAUUGCCAAUCGAUCUGACCUCCAAGAUGAAGUCAUUAAUAGUCUGACAAAGGCAGUUGAUGGAAUGUACGUAAAAUAGCCAUUCUAUGUGACAACAACACUAAAAUUACUAGGUUCCUGCUGGCGCAACUAAAUUUUGCAUCUUUGAUCGGCGAAGACACACCGAAGGCUUUACGGAAAGCACUGCAAAGGCUUGCAGCUCAGCCAAGUAAAUACGAUACUGCAUACGAACAGGCCAUGGAACGAAUCGAUAGACAGCUCGAACCGCAAGCUAAGCGUGCGAAGCAAGUCUUGAUGUGGA